GACCGCCGCGGCCGCGAGGGGCGGUUCCGCAGGGCGCGGCUCCGCAGGGGACAGCUCCGCAGAGAGCGGUUCCGCAGAGAGCCCCCGAUCGCUGCCGCACCUCCCGCCCGGGGCUCUGAGCCAGCCCGGCCCCGCCGCUCCCGGCCGGCCCAGCGGUAGGAGAACGAGCGCCGCCCUGCCAUUGGCUGUCCCGCCGGGGCAGUCACGGAAAGGAGCUCUGAUUGGCCUGCGGCGGGCAGGCUGCUCGCUGAUUGGCUGCGCGGGCGGCGGGAGAUUCGUGACGGCGUGAGGGCCCUGUGGCGGCGCCGCGCUCUGUCCGUCCGUGUGUCCUGCUGUGCCUGUGUCCGGCUGUCCGCGUGUCCGGCUAUCCGCGUGUCCGGCUGUCCGCCCCUCGCUCCGGCUCUGUGGGACGCCCCCGGCUGCACCGUGAUCCGCUCCCGGUGUUUCGCUCUCCCCCGCGCCUCAUCCAUGGAGCGGCUCCCUGUGAGCGGCGAGCGCGCAAUGGUUUGGAGCCCUUCAGUCGAGGGCCGUCACAACCAUGAUUGAUGUCGAUAAUUAUCACAGAUAAUUAUGGGAUGUGCUGCUCAUUACACAGGAGAUGGACUGGGACCAGUUUGACUUGAACCCUAAAACAAUUGCUGCCCUGAAAAAAGCUGACAUCAAAUCAGUAAAAGAGAUUUUAAACCUGUCUGGAGCAGACUUGCAGAGGUUGAUGAAGCUCUCCAGUGCAGACAUCCAGUGCCUGCUGAAAACAGUCUCUCACACCCUGAGGAGGAACAGCAUGCUCACAGCACUUCAGCUCUACCAAGAUAAAGAUCCUUUCACCUCCCAGCACCAGAAGCUGAGCCUGGGCUGUGCAGUGCUGGACAGCUUGUUGAAAGGAGGCAUUCCUGUGGUGGGAAUCACAGAGCUGGCUGGGGAGAGCUCUGCUGGGAAGACUCAGAUUGGUUUGCAGCUGUGCCUGUGUGUGCAGUUCCCUUACCAGUACGGUGGCUUGGAGUCUGGAGCUGUCUACAUUUGUACAGAGGAUGUGUUCCCAAGCAAACGUUUGCAGCAGCUCAUAGACCAACAGCACAAGCUGCGUGCAGAUGUUCCAGCUGAAAUCAUACAGAAGAUCAGAUUUGGAAACAAUAUCUUUGUUGAGCAGGCAGCAGACCUGGACACGUUCCAGCAGUGCCUGUCGAGGCUGUGCCCGCUGCUGGCGCGGGGCAUGGCGCGCCUGGUGCUCAUCGACUCCAUGGCCGCGCUGUUCCGCGCCGACUUCGGCCCGGCCCACGCUGCCCUCAGGGCUCGCUACCUGCAGGCCUUUGGGGCUCAGCUGCACAGCCUGAGCACCAGGUUCAGGACUCCCAUCGUGUGCAUUAACCAGGUGACGGACGCCGUGAGCGAGUCGGAAGCUGCUCAGUGCAGCUGCAGGGCAGUGGGCAGCAGAGUGACUCCAGCCCUGGGGAUAACGUGGUCCAACCAGCUGCUGCUGAGGCUGAUGGCCCGGCGGCUGUGGCUGCCCCCACCCUCCCCUGCAGCAGCAGCAGCACCGGCAGCAGGCAGCAGGAGGACUUUAAGUGUUGUUUUUGCUCCCCAUCUCCCUCCAUCCUUCUGCUACUACACAGUGCAGCUGGAAGGUGUAAAAGGAAUAAAGUAACACUUUUGCAUAGUAAAGGCUCCUGCUCCAAAAAUGUACCAGGGCUUUGCUUCAGGAAGAAUUACUGCUGAAAUGCAAUUGUUCCUAGAUGAGAGAAACUGAUGGUGAGGUAUGUGAUCAAUGGUAUGGCUACAUUUAGCCUUGUCUGCAUUGUGCAAAAUUAUCUUUUUACUCUUGGAUAUUCAGCUUUUCCUUGUGAGAUGAGUGUCCUGGAGGUUCUGAAGGAAAGGGAAGCUGUGGGCAGGUGGAGGCUGCACAAUGGAGUGGGAUGUAGCAAUCCCCAGGAUGGGGGAGAUCUGAUGUCUCAUUUUAUUUUAAUAGCGUGCUUAUCUAGAAACAGCAUUUACUGUAGUUUUGUACCCUGUUUCCAGACCCAACAGGACUUGAAACUCGGCCUGUUUAUGUUGCCUGCUGGUGGUUCUGGGUCUCAUGCUGCCAAUUAAGGAUAACCAUUCUUUGUCACAAAGCAGCUGGCCUAUUUUAAAACCAUUUGUUAUUAAGAUUUUAAAGAAAAUAAUCCCAUAAAGGUACUUUAACAUCUUACUGUAAGAAUUAAAAUUGCACUGCCUUUGUACUAGAUGAGUGUAUCUAGCUUCAUAGCACUCUUUAAAAUUUUUUAAUGGUUCAUUUCUACUCUUUUCCUGCUUUUCAGUCCCUUCCCUUCAUAGCAAAAGCCUCUUUAGUCUCUUUUAUUUGAAGGAGAGCAAACCACAUCCCCAUCCCCUUGUUCUCUUUGCCCAUUGCUGAAGCUGUGUAGCCUCAGGGCAAGCUCUGUGUGUUCUCCCUGAUGCUGUGCCCUGCUCUGUGUUCUGCUAAAUCAGCAUUCUUCAUGGGCUGCUGGAUUGGUGCCUCUCAUGCCCUGUGUCCCUGCUGUGGGCUCUCAGCUCAGCCAUGAUCCUGAAGGGCACCUUCAGCUCUUUUCAUCCAGUCAGAUGCUGUUGCUCUUCUGAGGUGAUUCUUGGUUUUCAGUUACAGCUUCACAUGGGUACUCUUCCUGUCUUUUUGCUAUUUGUCCCAUUUUUCUGCUGUCCUCAGAUCACUGCCAUGACAUCCACUCUCCAAUAGCUGAACUUUUCCUUUGUUCCAUGUGAAAGAAGCAAGCCAGGUGGAGUUUCACUGUCCAGAGGCCUCUGUUGGGUGCCUGCUCUCAUCAGUGAGUGAUGCUCACUUGUAUCACACACUCAGCAAGCUCUCACCUUUCCCCUCCUCCUGCUGCUGGCACAGGCAGGAGCUCCAUGUGUGUCUGUGGGGUGGCAUUGCUCAGGUCCCUUUUGGCCAGGAACCCUGUGGUUGUGAGAAGCUGCCUCCUCCUUCAGGACAUUCAUCCUCUUUCCAUGUGCCAGCAUGCAGCUGGGGAGCUGAAAGCUUUGUCUGGCUGGAAACUGCCUCAGCUGGCACUGGGGCAGAUUUCUCAAGGGACAACUGAGUGUGACUCAAGGGAAAGAGACCCUGAGUGAGUGCCUGGGGAGGUUCCAGAGGAGAACAGGCACAGCUUGAAGCUGAAGGAAGGAGAUUGUAAGCAAGCAGAAAGGAUGAGUUGCUUUCAGUGCCUUCUGCAACCCCUUCAGAUGUCUCAGGGGCCCUUGUGCAAAUAGCACAAGUUUUGUCUAAAUCAUUUUUCUGAAAUGUCUUAAAUCUCUGUAUUUGGAAAUGACCUCACAGCUUCUUUUAAUAAAAUCCAACCAUGAAGCUUAGAAACCUUUGUGUCCUCUAAGGAAAAAGUGACAAGCAGGAAAACCUCCUCCCUAAAACCCUUACCCCUUCUGUGCCUCCUCCCUACCAACUCCAAUAAAGGUCAACUGAUGCAGCUCAGGUGCCACUCCAGCUCUCUUCUGUUCCUGCCCUGUGCCCCUGGGCUGGAACUGCAGCCAAGGCAGUGCCCAUCCCAUUGUGGGCCUGGGCAGAGCAGCCACACAGAUAUGCUGCUGAUUCAUGGAGGCACCAAACCCUACCUGGAUAUUCAUUUACAGAAAAGCCUCAUCAACUGCUGGGCUCCAGUCCCGGGAGUUUGCCUUGCUGUGAGCCAUGUCCAGAACAGUGUCAAAUCUCCAAAGGCUCAGUCAUAUUUUGAUCAAAAUCUGAGUCAAUGAUAUUUUGAUCACUCUUUUUCGAAACUUGCAAAUGCUUGCUGGAACAGCCCUGAAGUGUUAUAAGUCACAGAUGGGUCUGUAAUCAAAUUCUAGUUUACCUGGUGAAAAACAGGUUUACCAACAAACAGAAGUAAUAUUUUGUCUGCUCAAUGUUGUGUCAUUCCCCUGUUGGUUUGUUGGUUAUUUCUCUCCAGUUUGUCUCCUGGCUCCUGAGCACACACAGACCCUGCAGUCUCAAAUGCAGCUGAGCCCCACUGAGGCUCACAGCCAACACCCCCUCCCUCAGUCCCACCCCCAGCACAGCUUUGGGGCUGCAAACCCUCACAGGAACCCAACACAGCACCUGUCCAUGGAAGCUUGUGUCAAAAGUGUUGAAAUGUGCUUAAGUUUUAAUAAAUGCAAAUUAAGAACCUUCCC